UCUGCCACUUGGAGCCGUCAUGUUGUGUGAGCAACUGCAGGGGAUUUAGCACCGAGGGCUGUUUUGAUUCCUAAUCUGAGUGGUUGCAGUGUGCUUUCCUGCGCGCAAAAAUGCCCAUCAUGUUGACCUGGUUUUCUUUCAAAAACGGCUCCAAAACGUGAUUGAAGCUGUAGACUGUGAAGCAGGAAGAUGUAGUCUUCCUCCAGCCAGCAGACAGGAGCAGUGGCGUCAAUUCAGUGGAAGCUAAGCCAAGGUGUGGCGGCUGCCAUACCUUGCCAUACCCAAUUGACGCCCCUGGACAGGAGACUUGGCCGGGUGAGAGGGAGGGAUGGGGCGCAGGGAUGCCGCAGCUCGGGCCCUCGGAGCGCUCGUCCUGGCGCUGCUGUGCGCGCAGGCGCUCGGAGGACAGGUGUCCAACCUGACGCUGUCGGUGAAAGAAGGUCUGCCUGCUAAAACCAUCGUCGGUGAUCUGGGAGCCGUGCUCGACCAGCCCAGCACUGGAUUCUUCAUCUCCGAGAACAGAGACUCGUAUGUGUUCAGGGACCUGGAGAUAGACGCAGACACGGGCAUCAUCUCCACGGCGGUGGUCUUGGACAGGGAGAGCAGAGACAAGUACGAGUUUGUGGCGGCCACUCUCACAGGAGAGGUGAUCAGAGCUAGGAUAGAGGUGGAGGACGUGAACGAUCACUCACCUGUGUUUCCAGUUGGGGAGCUGGAAUUGGAAGUGUCUGAGUUAAGCCCACCUGGAAGCAGGUUUCAGCUUGAAGGUGCAAAAGACCAGGACGAGGCGGUGUUUGGUACUCAGGGCUACAGGAUCACAGAGAGUGAAAUGGUCGAAGUCUUUCACCUGGAUUAUCGUAGUGGAUCCGAGGACCACCUUGGCCUGGAUCUCAUUCUCGCUAGCAAACUUGACAGAGAAACAAAGGACUUCUACACUUUGACUAUCGAGGCCUUCGAUGGCGGGAUCCCCCCCAGGACAGGGAGCCUGCGGGUGAACAUCCGUGUCCUGGACGAGAACGACAACCCUCCUGUGUUUAACCAGACCGAGUACCACGCCUCAGUGCGUGAGGAUGCUCCCGUUGGGUCUCUGGUGUCUCAGGUGCAUGCCACUGACCAUGACCUGGGCGACAAUGGCAGAAUCACUUACGACAUCAGCAGGCGGCAGAGUGACCCAAAUGAUGCUUUCUCCAUCAACGAAACCACUGGAUGGAUUUAUCUCAACAAGCCGCUGGAUUUUGAGACUCAGUCAUUUCAUGAGCUGAUCGUCAGUGCACGAGAUAACAGUGCUCAUCCUGAGUACAGCAGCACCUUUGUGGGUGUCAAGGUGCUUAAUAUCAACGAUAACAGCCCCACUAUCAGCGUCCUGUUUCUCAGUGAGGCGGGAGAUGCAGUGGUGUCGGAGGUGGCAGCAGUUGGGGACUAUGUUGCCCGUAUUUCAGUGUCAGACCCAGACCUGGAGGAUGGGAGAGUCACCGUAACACUUGAUGGAGGGGAUGGGAAGUUUAUCCUGAAGCAAACAGAUGAUUUCCUUCAUGCUUUGUGUGUUAACUCUGAGCUAGACAGGGAAGAGCAGGACCUAUAUGAGCUGAAGGUGCAAGCCUCAGAUCUUGGGAGUCCACCUCUCACCAGUGAGAUGACCUUCUUCCUAAAGGUGUCUGACACAAAUGACUGUCACCCGGUCUUUGAAAAGAAUAUGUACACAAUAAGCAUUCCCGAGGAUGCUCCUGUGGGGAGUUCCCUUUUGCAGAUCCAGGCCCGAGACGCGGACGAAGGCGUCAACUCAGACAUCAGGUACUCCAUCCUGAAGUCCAGCCAGAAAAGCCUGAUCAGCAUUGACCCACAGUCGGGCCUGGUCACCACAGCUGCAGCUCUCGACAGAGAAACGCAGACGCAGCUGCGGUUCCUGGUGGUGGCAGCUGACGGAGGGGAGCCCACUCUGUCAUCCACAGCUACGGUCGCGGUGCUGGUGGAGGACGUCAAUGACAACGAGCCCGUGUUCCAGCAACAGCUCUACAAUGUGUCCAUACCAGAGCACAGCGAUGUUGGAAGCUGCUUUUUACAAGUUGCAGCCACAGACGCAGACACCCCUGAGUUUGCUGCACUGCUCUACUCUCUCUCCGAUGGCUUCGACAGACAGGACAAGCAUCCUCUCUUCCAAAUCCAGCCACACACCGGAAAGCUGUGUGUCUCACAGGAUAUUGACCGGGACGUGGGACAGACGGUCCACGACAUUCUGAUCAAAGCUGAAGAUCCGGGAGGUCUGAGCGCUCAAACGUACGUGCACAUCGAGAUAGAAGACUUGAAUGAUAACAGUCCAGUGUUCAGCCCUGAGGAGUACGCUGUGAGCAUCAGCAGCCACACGCCGCCUGGCACAGAAAUCGUCAACGUGAUUGCUAAUGAUCGAGACUCUGGAAGGUUCGGACAGGUCAUCUACAGUAUACUUCCUGGAGACAUGUCCGUUUUUUUUGCGCUGGAUAAACAAACAGGAACGCUCCUCCUGAACUCGUCUCUGAGCCAUCUGGGUGCAGCCAGCGUGAAACUCUUCGUAACAGCGCAGGAUGGAGCAGGAUUACCCUCAGACAGGCCUGCAGUGGUCACCGUCAAUGUUUUACAAAGUGCUCAAGCUCCAGCUGUGUUCCGGAGGUCACGCUACACUCUCUCACUACCUGAAGAUGCACCGGUGGGGACAUCGGUGGGGACCGUGGAGGCCGUCAACCCAACAGACUCAACGGAACCCGUUUCCUAUCGAAUCUCUUCUGGAGACCCUCAAAGUUUGUUCUCUGUUCAUCCGAAGACCGGACUCAUCAGCAACAUCAAACCUCUGGACCAUGAGUCUCAGCCGUACGUCCUGCUGGUUCUCCAGUCCUACACUGACACCUCCCCGAUUUACAGUACCACCCAAGUUAACAUCACCAUAGCUGAUGUAAAUGACAAUGCCCCCAUCUUCCCCAAAAGUAGCGAAAGCAUCACAGUGCCGCAGAGUACUCGACCUGGAACUGUGUUGUUCAUUGCUCAUGCGCAUGACUACGACAGUGAGGCCAAUGGGCGGGUCCAGUAUUACCUGAGAAGUAGGAAUGGAGUGUUUGCAGUUGACCACAACUUGGGAACUCUUACACUAAAUCAGAGUUUACAGUCGGACCAUCAGCCGAGGUACAGCCUGGAAAUUGUAGCUGAAGAUGAAGGAAAGCCUUCUUUGAACUCCACGCUGACCCUCUCAGUUAACAUUGACCAGACGGCUGCAGAAGACAGCUUGGCCUUUGAGACACUGGUCUACCAGGUAGAGAUAGGUGAGGGCUUCCGUAAAGACUCCCGAGUCAUCCAGGUGAGUGCGCACCAAACCCGGAGAGUUCACACAUCAAACCCAGACCUCACUUACUCUUUAGAAACAGAAGUUGGGUACCCUCCUGCUCCUUUCCGCAUUCACCCAAAGACCGGCUGGUUGUACCUCUCCCACAAUCUCGACUACGAGACUGAGUCCAAGUAUCGUUUUCAAGUGUUUGCCACAUCCAGAGAUGCCUCACUGGCAAACAUCACAGCAUCAGCCACGGUGGUUGUGCUGGUGCUGGACAUCAAUGACAACGCCCCGGUGUUCAGCAGUGAGAUUUACUACUUCACUGUGGCAGAGGGGUCAUCACUGCAAGGCCUUGUUGGAACAGUCAAAGCCUUGGAUAAGGAUUCUGGGAAAAACAGUCAGCUAUCAUACAUCCUGCUUUCAGAUGGGAAAUUCUUCCGCAUCAACCCUAGAACAGGCGAAAUCUUCAACUGGGUGGCAUUGGACCGGGAGCAACAAGGUCAGCACAGUUUGAAGGUGAUGGUGACAGACCAAGGUCACCCUCGUCUCAAUGCCACCGCCACUGUUCACAUCCUGAUCUCUGACAUCAAUGACAACGCUCCCCAGUUUUCACACCUGCCUGCCAGCAAAGAGCUUAUUGUGCAAAUAUGGGCUGGUGCACCUACAGGAUCCUUGGUGACAAACAUGUUUGCCAAAGAUUUGGAUGCUGGAGAGAAUGCAACAGUUAGUCAUUCGCUGGUGACAGUUGGUUUAGACGAAGAUGAUGUUGAACACUUUGAGAUUGACGGUAAAACAGGAGACAUCAAAACAACACAACUUUUCACCCAAAACGCUGAGCCAUACUACACUUUGAAAAUAACGGCCAGGGACAGCGGCGCCACGCCUCAGGAGGAUACUGCAGUGGUUCAUGUACAGGUUUAUGGAUUAGAGGAUGUGUACGGCAGCUCCAGCCACCAGCCUCUGAGACGGUUUUCAGUCAAGGAGAACACAGAACCUGGGACUGUCAUCGGCUCUGCCAGCGUUGCAGAUACAGGCACAUUUCAGUAUACCAUCACUGAGGGGGACGGAAAUGUUCACUUCGGCAUUGACAGCUCAUCUGGCGAUGUCUAUAUUAACCAGCCGCUGGACUAUGAGUCUGCCAUGCAGUAUUUCUUUGUGGUCCGAGCUGAGGAUGUCAGCCCUGCUCCUGGCGUGAAUGUGUCGAUACCCGUCAGUGUGAUGGUAGAGGACGUAAACGACCACACACCCUGGUUCCUUGAUAAAUUUGUAAUGUUUGGUUUGAGGGAAGACACUCCAGUUGGGUCUCUGGCUUUUGCCUUUCAAGCCAGGGAUGCCGAUGAGACCUUUGCAAACAGUGCUCUUUACUAUACUCUGGCCUUUGACUCUGAUGUCAGCAAUUCACCAUCACACUUCCACAUUGACCCACAUACGGGCGCGCUGACUGUGGCAGCAGCUUUAGACCGGGAGACCACCCCCAGUUUUUCUUUCACCGUAACUGCCACAGACCAGGCAACGAGAAAGGACGAGCGUAGACGGGCAUCGGUGACGGCUCAGCUCUUUCUGCUGGAUGUGAACGAUAACCGGCCAGCGUUUGUAUCAGCAGACACGGUUCAGGUGAUGGAGCAUGCAGAGGUGGGGAGCAUGCUGCAUCAUUUUGUGGCUAUAGAUGGCGAUCAGGGUCAAAAUGGGCUUGUCUCCUUUUCCAUUAUUGCUGGCAACAAUAAAGGAUUCUUUACACUAGAAGAUAAAACAGGUCUCUUGUAUCUCUCUGCCCCUUUGGACUAUGAGAGACAACGUGUUCACCGUCUAACCGUCCGUGCGGUGGACCAUGGCCUCCCUACUCUCUCCUCCACCCAGACUCUGACAGUGGAGGUGGGAGAUGUAAAUGACCAGGCACCCGUCUUCGGUCAGACCAUCUAUAACGCCAGUGUGGCAGAGAAUCAAGAUCCUGGAGAACCCGUGAUACAGGUUUCUGCCACUGAUAUGGACUCAGAAGAGAAUGCUGUGCUGUGGUACAGUCUGCUUCCAGGUCCAGGCUAUGAGCUCUUCAGCAUCAACCCAUAUUCUGGGUUGAUUAUCACCAGUACACACCUGGACAGAGAACAGCAGCAACAUUUUACCCUCAGAGUCCAGGCUCGUGACAGCGGCGCUCGGCCUCUCUCGGGGACAGCCACGGUGCUGUGCUCUGUGCUGGACCAUAAUGACAACCCGCCACAGUUCAUGCAGUCGUCGUUCCGGAUCAGCUUGCCAGAAAAUCUCCCUCCUGGUGUGAUCCACACUGCUCAGGCGUCCGACCCAGACCACGGAGAAAAUGGGACUAUACACUACUCUAUAAUAGGUGAGGACUACAGAGGUCGAUUCACCAUUGACGGUCAAACCGGUGCUGUCAGUACCACGCAGGUCCUUGACCGAGAGGAGAUGCAAAAUUACACGCUCAUCAUAGAGGCCUUGGACUGCGGAGCCAAUCCACUCGGCUCCACCACCGAACUCCAGCUGGUGCUGCUGGACCAGAACGACAACAUCCCCUCCUUCAGCAGCAAGAGCUAUCACGCCUCCAUCAGCGAGGGCCUGCCUGCUGGAGCCGAGGUUCUAGGUGUCACCGCCUUUGAUCCCGACGACGGGCCUAACGGGGACGUGACCUACUCCCUGACAGAUGACAGCAGCCAGGGGGCCUUUUCCGUAGACGUCUUCACUGGAGUGAUCCGCACCACCAGGUCUCUGGACAGAGAAAGUAGAGCCCAGUACACCGUCAGAGUCGUCGCUGCUGACAGCUGCACUCAGGGACCUCUGAGCUCCGUGGCAACCGUCACCGUACAGGUGGAGGAUGUGAACGACAACGUGCCAGUCUGUGAUCAGACUCCUUUUAACGCAUGGGUCUCCAUGAGGACUCUACCAAAUGAGAUAGUGACCACGGUGAUGGCGACCGAUGCCGACCAGGGUGAGAAUGGGACAAUGCAGUUUAUAUUACAUGAUGAGGACAACCUCUUCGACAUCAACACUGAGUCCGGGGCGAUUUCACUGAGAAGACGAGUGAGAGCAGGUUUCUCUGGGAGGAAGUUGCAAGUUGCCGUUUCAGACAGAGGGAAUCCUUCUUUGAGCUCCACCUGCUUGGUUUUCAUCCAUCUGAAGGGCGAGCAUGAAGGGCUUCAGUUCUCAAACAAAGUCUACAACGUUACCGUGGAGGAGAACAGCAGAGCAGGAACGUGGAUCGCAAAAGUAGAGGCCAGCGACCCAACCAGUCCUCCACAAAGAAUCACGUACAGCAUAUUUAGUGGCAAUGAGAAUCAUAUAUUCUCCAUCAAUCAUCACACAGGUGAGAUCCGACUGCAGAAGGAUCGCUCACUGGACUUUGAGGCGAGCCGUCAGAUCCAGCUGGUGGUGCUGGCUGACGGCGGGCUGCAGACGGCUCACUGCAGGGUUUCCAUCACCCUGCUGGACAUCAAUGACAAUGCACCGCUGUUUGACCAGAGCAGCUACAGAACAUCUGUGUGGGAGGGUCAAGUGCACAACACCUACAUCAUGCAGGUGUUUGCAUCCGACGCUGACAGCGGUGUGAACGGGCAGAUUGAAUACUCCAUCCUGUCUGGAAACAAUAAUGAUGCAUUCAUUUUGGACUCUACACGAGGCAUCCUCGCCACCAACGUUUUACUGGACCGUGAGAUCACUCCCUCAUACAAGCUUGUUCUGCAAGCAGCGGACAAGGGGAAAGCUCCGCUCAGCAGCACCACCAUCGUUAGGGUCCAAGUGGUGGACGUCAAUGACAACAGCCCUGUCGUCCCGCCCAUGGAACCCGUGCUCAUAGCUGAGAAUGUCCCAGUGGGCUACGUGGUCACCCAGGUGACUGCAAACGACGUUGACCUGAGCUCAACUAUCACCUACAGUCUUUCAGAAAACAGCAGCAGCCCUGUUCCCUUUGCUAUGGACCCUUACACUGGUGUCAUUACCCUGACCCGAGCCCUGGACUACGAAUUGCAGACGGAGUACACACUAACAGUGCGGGCGUCUGACUCCCUCCAUCAGGCCACAGGAGAUGUGAAACUUCACGUACUUGAUGUCAACGACAAUGCUCCAGUCUUCACACAAGUGUCCUAUCAGGUGGCCGUUUCAGAGCUGGUCCCAGUGAACACAUUAGUUCUGUCGGUGUCUGCUACCGACAGAGACUCUGGACUCAACGGCGAGAUCAGCUACAGACUCCUGUCAUCGCCACUUCAAGGCUUUUACAUUCAGCCAGACACAGGAUCUCUUCUUACUAACAAGCCCUUAAAGGGCAUCACCAACAGCAAUCUCAUCCAUCUCCUAGUUGAGGCAAGGGACGGAGGCGACCCCGUGCACUCCACCGUCACCUCCGUUGAUGUGCUGAUCCUGGACUCCAACGACCAUGAACCUUUGUUUCACCAGGACGUCUACACGCUCACCGUGUCAGAGGACACGCCCACAGGCACAUCUCUAGUUACUCUCUCUGCAGAGGACAAGGACUGGAGCCCUGAAAAUACCCAUUUGGACUACACAAUCAUUGGGGGAAAUGAAGAGAGACGAUUCUGCUUGGAAGUUAAAGUCAUACCAGUUGAAAAUCAACUGAAAAAUGUAGCAAAGCUUGUUCUCUGUAGCCCUUUAGAUCGGGAGACAACUGACAGCUAUGCAUUAACAGUUAGCGUUUCCGAUCGAGGAACACCUCCGCUGAACAGCUCGGCUGUCGUCAGGGUGACUGUGACGGACUGCAACGACAAUGCCCCCAUUUUUUCCAGCACAGAGUACCACACACAGGUGAGUGAAAACAGCCAGAUAGGUACCAGGCUGGUACAAGUCAGUGCUGAAGAUCCUGACUAUGGCAUCAACGGCCUUGUGCGGUACAACAUCAUUACUGGGAACCCUGGGGGUCACUUUAGUCUCGACCCUCAGUCUGGCCUCUUGGUGGUCAACCACUCACUUGACUAUGAGGACGACUCCAAAUACACCCUCACCAUCAGAGCAUAUGAUGGUGGUGAAGCUUCCGAAAACCACAAAGUGGCUUUUACUGUUGUCUUCAUCACAGUGUUAGAUGAGAAUGACAACGCACCGUACUUCGCGUUCCCUACAGUCAACUGCUCUGUGCUGGAGAACCUCCCAACAUUUACCCAUACGUGUUCCGUACUUGCCGUCGACAACGACUUGGGUCCCUACGGCCAGCUAACCUACUCCAUUAUUUCCUCCUGUUUCAUGGAUUACGGCAGUCGAAACCCAGACAAGAAGGAGGCCUUUGCCAUUGACCCUCUUACGGGCGACAUUCACACCAGACAGACUUUUGAUUACGAACGAGAGAACGAGUACUGCUUCGUAGUGGAGGCAAGAGACAAAGGCGACAAAACGGCCACAGUUAGAGUGCAGGUGGCCAUUAAGGGAGUCGAUGAGUUCAGUCCCGUCUUCACCCAGAAGCAUUACCACUUCUUCCUGCCAGAAAAUGUCAAGACUGGGGUGAUAGUCGGUUACGUUAUGGCAAUGGACCAUGAUGGAGGAGUGGAUGGGCUGGUGGAGUACUCCUUCGUAACUUCAUCUCCAUUUUUCUCAAUUAAUAAAACAAUUGGGGCUCUCUUUGUGUCAGGUCCUGUGUAUCGCAGAAGAGGCAGCCAUGCCAGCGAGGACGUGCUGGAGCUGGUUGUAUCUGCAGGAAGCCCUAGACUGGGCUCCAGGACUACAACUUGCAUGGUUUUUGUUAAUAUAUCCAGCUCUGCAGAAGCUCUUAUCAGGGUCCCCCUUGACGCACACAUGUUUAGUUUAAGUGUCUCACUCAUCAUGUUCCUCUUUGUCAUCGUCGUCUUCGUGGGCUUGGUCCUCAGGUACAAAGUUAAAGAGGUUGACAUCAGAAAGGCAGUUGGUAUUGCUGCACACUUGAACCACAGCUCUGCCUCAUCCAGUGGGUCCAACAGCCAAAGGCAAAGUGCACUGUCUUUGCAGGAAGUGGUACACUCCAGCAUCUCGGUUACAAAGAGAGACACCUCAAACCCGUACCCUCAUUCAGACUCGAGUGGCCGUGGAUCAGCGGAGGGCGAGACAGCUGAAGACCAGGAAAUCAAGUGGAUCAAUGAGUACCCUUGCCGUAAUCGAGACGAACACACCACAGAGCUUCCAAAUUCUGCUUUACCAGGGGACAGUAUCUCUUGCCAUUCAAUUGACGUCGGACCAGAACACAUUUUAGCGCAUAAUAAAUGUUUCGUUAGCGGUAUGGCCAGCAUAGAAAGUCUCCACCACUUCAAAGAAGAAGGAGGAGGUGAGGGACUACUUUCUUUUAUACCCAAGAUGAUGGAUUUACAGGACAAUAUGGGGACUAAAAGGUACGAUUCCCUCACUGGAGCCCAAGCCACUGCUGAUUCUCUGACAUCACUGGUGUGCCUUGAGGAGCAGCUGCAUGGCAGCUACAAUUGGGACUAUCUUUUGGAUUGGGAGCCAUGCUUUGAGAAUUUGGCAUCUGUGUUCACAGAUAUAGGGAUGCUCCCCGAUGAGGAGCUUCAAGGCGGGCAUGAGGAAUUAGCAGCAGAGUCAAGCUGUCUCAUGUACCCACCACCUCUUAUAACAGGAGUGGCUCAGGCUGGUAUUAGAACUGUCCCCCCCCGAAAGCCAGUGCGAGUGCCAAGCCUGAGCAGGAAGCCUUCUUACCCCAGAUAUGCUUAUUCCCCCUUAGCCAGGAACACAGGACUUACUCCAUCAGCUAUGACACCCACUUUCUCCCCAUCCCUGUCCUCUCUCACCAUUAGGACCCCCAGCGCUUCACCAGUUGUCUCAGACACCGGGGUGGGGGGGAUCAGACUUGACUCAGGUCCCCUCACUGCAAAUCUUUUGGAGGCAGAAAUCCAAGUGUAGACAUCAACUUUGAUCAUGUUUGUAUUUAAUAUCGCAUUCCAUCCUCUUACCAACUGAACUGUUUUUUAUGGGAUCUGUCACAGCUUGUUUAGUUUGAAUAAUGAUACAUGUAAGGACUAUUUCCAUCAUUUGUUUUUCAUUUUCAAUUCUUUGUGGUUUUAGAGUCACAGAUUUCAUGAGUCUGACCUCAAGGUGGCGAUACUAAAUACACAGUUCAUGGUAAUUUUGCACUGAUUAAAUUGCUCAGAUUGAUUCUAUAACCCACUACUUUAAUAAAUCUAGUAUCUAAAAAAAGCUUGAGGUCGAGGUUGUUUUGCAUUAUGUUCUUUUAAUGCAACAUUUGAAUGAGAGCAGAUGUUCUCGUUAGUAAGUAAUUUCUGAAUGUUUUAUUGUAAACAUGUUCAUAUGUGCAGAAAAUGAAACACUUUGUUAUUGCCGUUGGUUGCUGUUUCUAAUUGGAAACCUUCUCUUGGUUAGUUUAAGUUUAAUAAGCAAAGAAUGGCAUCUUUAUUCUGUGGUUAUGUCUGCCUUCCUGGAAUCAGAGAAUACAAGUGUUUUGGAUGGAUCCACUUUUUGGCUCCCGCUUCAUAAAUAAUUUCUGACAAUAAAAGGGCAACAAAAUCCAAUUGUGGGCAAAACUGAAUCUACUUGUUUGAGCUCAGGCAUAAUUGGAUAUUUCUUGUCUUUACAAAGCAAGGGAAUGGUUUGGUUCAAAGUAAACCCCACCAAAACCAAAGGAAAGAACCAGGGAUUAUUUUUGUGUAAAAUAAAAUACUUUUUUUUAAAAAGG